CCCCUGCUCCCGCGAGGCGGGGAGGGGCGUGGUCGCCCUUGCUGCAGGCUGAGUUCCUCGGGAACAGGCUGCUUUUCGGAGGAAAAAGCCGGACGGAUUCCAACCUGAGGAGCGAGAGCGCUGGCUGGAGUUGGGCAGCCCCAGGAGCGGUCCCGCUUUUUCCCCCCACCCGCCCCCCCCGGUUGCUGGGGUCGAGAAGCGCAUCUGGACGGAGGCGAGGAUUGCCUGGAACGAGAAAGUAAAGAAAAAUGGCAAAAAUGGAGGUGAAGACAUCUCUUCUUGACAAUAUGAUUGGGGUUGGAGAUAUGGUUCUUCUGGAGCCCCUUACUGAGGAAACCUUUAUCAGCAAUCUCAAACAACGCUUUGAUCACAAUGAAAUAUAUACUUAUAUCGGGAGUGUGGUGAUAUCGAUAAAUCCAUAUAGAUUGCUUCCAAUUUAUUCGGCAGACAAAGUAGAAGAAUACAGAAACAGAAAUUUCUAUGAACUGAGACCUCACAUUUUUGCCCUGUCCGAUGAAGCAUAUCGAUCAUUGAGAGACCAGGAUAAAGACCAAUGUAUACUUAUAACUGGAGAGAGUGGAGCUGGAAAAACAGAAGCCAGCAAACUUGUCAUGUCUUAUGUGGCAGCAGUUUGUGGCAAAGGAACAGAAGUUAAUCAAGUGAAAGAACAACUUUUGCAAUCUAAUCCAGUGCUUGAAGCCUUUGGAAAUGCCAAAACUGUAAGAAAUGAUAACUCGUCUAGAUUUGGAAAAUAUAUGGACAUUGAAUUUGAUUUUAAAGGUGAUCCACUUGGAGGAGUCAUCAGCAACUAUCUCUUGGAAAAGUCCCGUGUUGUUAAACAGCCCAGAGGUGAAAGAAAUUUCCAUAUUUUCUAUCAAAUUCUGUCUGGAGGAUCAGAAGAUUUGCUCAAAAAACUUAAGUUGGACACAGACUUCAGUCGAUACAAUUACUUGGGUCUGGGCUCGGCAAAAGUAAAUGGAGUAGAUGAUGCUUCAAACUUUAGAACAGUUAAGAAUGCCAUGCAGAUUGUGGGAUUUAUGGAUGACGAGAUCGAGUCAGUAUUUGAAGUUGUUGCUGCUGUUUUAAAACUGGGAAACAUUGAAUUUAAACCAGAAUCUCGUGUGAAUGGAUUAGAUGAAAGUAAAAUCAAAGAUAAAAAUGAGCUUAAAGAAAUAUGCGAAUUGACAGGAAUUGAUCAGUCAGUUCUGGAAAGAGCUUUUAGCUUCCGCACUGUUGAAGCCAAGCAGGAGAAAGUAUCAACAACUUUAAAUGUAGCUCAGGCUUAUUAUGCUCGGGAUGCUCUGGCAAAGAAUCUUUACAGUAGACUGUUUUGUUGGCUUGUUACCAGAAUCAAUGAAAGCAUUAAGGCACAGUCCAAAGUAAGGAAGAAAGUAAUGGGGGUUUUGGACAUCUAUGGCUUUGAAAUUUUUGAGGAUAACAGUUUUGAACAGUUUAUUAUUAACUACUGCAAUGAGAAACUGCAGCAGAUCUUCAUUGAGCUUACUCUAAAGGAAGAACAAGAAGAAUAUAUAAGAGAGGGUAUUGAAUGGACUCACAUUGAAUACUUCAACAACGCUAUAAUUUGUGAUCUUAUAGAGAAUCAUCAGAAUGGAAUCCUAGCUAUGCUAGAUGAAGAAUGUCUGCGGCCAGGGGCUGUUACUGAUGAAACCUUCUUAGACAAAUUAAACCAGGUCUGUGCUACUCACCAACACUUUGAAAGCAGGAUGAGCAAAUGUUCACGUUUCUUGAACGAUACUUCCCUCCCACAUUGUUGCUUCAGAAUUCAACAUUAUGCUGGCAAGGUGAUGUAUCAAGUAGAAGGGUUUGUGGACAAGAAUAAUGACCUGCUUUACCGUGAUCUGUCUCAAGCUAUGUGGAAGGCCAACCACUCCCUCAUUAAAGCACUAUUUCCAGAAGGAAACCCUGUCAAGAUUAAUUUAAAGAGGCCACCAACAGCAGGUUCCCAGUUCAAAGUUUCUGUGGCAACAUUGAUGAGGAACUUGCAAACAAAAAAUCCCAAUUACAUCAGAUGUAUUAAACCUAAUGACCAAAAAGCAGCACACAUCUUCAGUGAUGCUCUUGUGUGCCAUCAAGUUCGAUAUUUAGGUCUGAUGGAAAAUGUCCGAGUCAGAAGGGCAGGAUAUGCAUUCCGUCAAACUUAUGAGCCUUGCCUGGAAAGAUACAAAAUGCUUUGCAAGCAGACCUGGCCACAAUGGAGAGGCCCUGCAAGAAUUGGGGUUGAGGUCCUUUUUAAUGAGCUGGAAGUCCCCGACGAAGAAUACUCCUUGGGCAGAUCAAAAAUAUUCAUCCGCAAUCCAAGAACGCUCUUCAAAUUAGAAGACCUAAGAAAGCAACGUCUUGAGGAUUUGGCUACAUUAAUCCAAAAAAUUUACAGGGGCUGGAAGUGCCGCACGUAUUUCCUUCUGAUGAAAAAAAGUCAGAUUGUGAUUUCUGCCUGGUAUAGAAAAUAUGCGCAACAAAAGAAGUACCAGCAGAUCAAGCGCUCGGCUAUCAUUGUACAGUCUUACAUCAGAGGAUGGAAAGCUCGGAAGCUGCUUCGUGAACUGAAGCACGAGAAACGCUGUGAAGAAGCUGUUACCACCAUUGCAGCCUAUUGGCAUGGAGCUCAGGCGCGAAGGGAACUGAGGCGGCUGAAGGAGGAGGCUAGGAAUAAACUUGCUAUUGCAGUUAUAUGGGCUUACUGGCUUGGAUUAAAGGCUCGGAGGGAGUUGAAACGCUUGAAGGAGAAGGCUAGGCGUAAGCAUGCUGUGGCAGUCAUAUGGGCUUACUGGCUUGGACUAAAGGUUCGUAGAGAGUACAGGAAAUUUUUCCGAGCCAACGCUGGAAGGAAAAUUUAUGAAUUUAUACUUCAAAAAAUUAUUCAGAAAUACUUUUUGGAAAUGAAGAAUAAGAUGCCUUCUUUGUCACCAGUAGACAAAAACUGGCCAGCAAGGCCUUACCUGUUUUUGGAUUUGACUCAUAAGGAACUGAAGAGGAUAUUCCACUUGUGGAGGUGUAAAAAGUACAGGGAUCAGUUUACAGACCAAAAGAAGCUCAUUUAUGAAGAAAAACUGGAAGCUAGUGAACUUUUCAAGGACAGAAAAGCUUUAUAUCCAGCCAGUGUUGGACAGCCUUUCCAGGGGGCUUAUCUUGAAAUCAGUAAGAACCCCAAGUACAAGAAACUGAAGGAUGCCGCUGAAGAAAAAUUUAUUAUUGCUGAAGUAGUAAACAAAGUUAAUAGAGCAAAUGGAAAGUGCACAGCUAGGAUUUUCUUGCUCACAAAAAAUAAUGUCCUACUUGCUGAUCAGAAAUCGGGGCAAAUCAAGACAGAGGUUCCUUUGGGAGAUGUCACUAAAGUGUCCAUGAGCUCUCAAAGUGAUGGUUUCUUUGCUGUGCAUCUCAAAGAGGGCUCUGGAGCAGCUGGAAAGGGUGAUUUCCUGUUCAGCAGUGAUCAUCUGAUUGAAAUGGCCACAAAGCUCUACCGCACAAUGCUUAGCCAAACCAAGCAGAAGCUCAGCAUUGAAAUAUCUGAUGAGUUCCUGGUUCAGUUCAGGCAGGACAAAGUGUGUGUAAAAUUUGUACGAAGCAACCAGAAAAAUGGCAACAUCCCCACUUGCAAGCGAAAAAACAACAGACUUCUUGAAGUUGCAGUACCAUAGUCGUACACAUCCAUAUCUUUACAUGGACUCAGUUCCUGCAAUGGUGCAAUUUUAUCCAUGGGAGGGAAUUUUGUAGAAUGGCGAAGAGCAUUCUGGCAGUGGCAAAGAGCUUUUUGGAAAACUGUCACUAAAAGAUGCAAGUAAUCUUUUCAAGGCACACAUUUUUAAUUUUCAUAUGAUAACUUUUUGGUUGAUAUAUACACUUUUUGGCUUCCGACAGUAUAAUAUGAACAGGCUUUUUUCCCCCUAAUUCCUUUGUUGUUGUUUUAAUUUCUUAAUGCUGCAUGUUACAAACCCUCAGGCUUUUAUGGCCAUUCUUGAUCUUAAAUUAGGACCCUGCCCUACCAGCUGUUUAGGUUGUUGGAAUCCCUGUGUUGUCUUUCUUCUUCUUGGGAGAGCCGAGGUGGCGCAGUGGUUAGGGUGCAGUACUGCAGACCACUUCAGCUGACUGUUAUCUGCAGUUCAGCG